UUUAGUUCCUAGUGGUAACUUUAGAAACUCUAAAGUGUUGCCAGGACUACAAGUCCCAGGGUGGGACAGAGUGGUAAUGUGAGACUGAGUGUGCAGAUAGGCUGAAGUCUGACUGCUUGGAGCAGAGACCCUGUAUGUGAAACUCAUUCAGGAACAAAAUGAUAAGACCCUCGUCACCUAGCAGCCACCCAAAAAGAAUAUACAAACCCAUGCCAAAAUGCUUGUCUGAAAUCUGACUUUUACAGAAAGAAUGGCUGUUCCCUGUGCCAUAUUCCUGGGCAGGUUUUUAGCAGACACAGUAGGAAUAUCAGUUUCAUCUGUGGUCUAUGACUGCUGCAGUGAGAGAGAUUUAAAUGGCUCCUGUCCCAUAUCCCAUCAGUGCAGCCCAGGUUGUUACAGACUCUGGUCAGAAGAUGGAAGCAGCACUUGCAUUAAAUGCAAAAAUGAGACCAGUCUGGGUUCUAAAGUCAUUCCUAAUGUGUCAGAAUGCAGAAAUUUCAGCUCCAGUGCACUGGAUAUAAACUUGAAUGCCAGCAGCUCUCCUCCUGUGCCCCACAAUCUUGGUAGUCCAGGAAUAGCUGCCUCUCUCCUGCUGGGAAUACUCGUCAUCAGUCUGUUCCUCAUUCUUUCAGUGGCCUCAUUUUUUUACCUCAAACGUUCACGAAAACUUUGUGAAAUGUUCUACAAGAGAAAUAAGGCAUUCAUCUUUCAACCCAGUGAAAUGGCUUCUAUGAUUCCAAAUCCCAGAUCUUCAGUUUGUAAGCCAAGGUAUGUCCGCAGUGAGAGGACGCGCACAUCAGCAGCUCCAGAUUCUGCAGUGGACACACGAGUGAGCAAUGUUUAGUCUAGUUUAGUUGUUUCUGCUUAAGCAGUCACCAGUGUUGGGAUGACGAAUCUGAACAUCAGAAAUAUUGCAAAAGCCUUGAAGAGGGUGUGAACGAAUUUUAUAAUUUGUGUCUUCUUCGAGGUUUGGACUUCGAGUUUUAUAAAGCACUGAACGGAGGACAAUACUGUUAAUCCACUUGUAUCAAUAGGCAAACAUUUUACAUGUAGUUGUUGCAAAGAUCUGUAAGAACAAUGAAGCAUAUGUUACCCUAACGGUCAAAUCUGUCACAUUAGACUGUUUUAAUGCUUUCUGCUUAAUUUAUUUUGUGAAGCAGUGGAACAAUGGAAAUUCUAAUCUUUCGUUCAUGCUUAUUUUUUACAAUUUGCAUUUUUUUUUGGUAUCUACAGCAACUUUAAUAAAUUAAUUUAAAACAUAUCCUGUUUUGCUAGCCAAAAUGACUGGUAAAAAUGGAUCUGGAAAGGUGAAACUUAUAGUAAGGGCAGAUGAUAAAUUGAAAUAUACUGUGCGAGGAGUAUUAACUGUAUAUUUUCACUUAGAAAUAAAGAGUAGAUUUACAGAA